AAAUUUAACGGGUAUUGUUUCAGUGAAGAAAGCGUCUAUAAAGGAAAAGAGUGCGGUGGAGCUAACGGAAGAAGAGGCAGCUGUAGUUGUUCAGAAAGUGUACAGGGGACAUUUAGUGAGGGCGGAGAUGAAGCCUCGUUUAACGAAGGAGAAGAUGAGUAUGCAAAUGAUAGAUAUGAUGAAGUUUUACAGCAGCAAAUGGAGAUCGAAGAGCAUGUUUCAAGUUCUUCUACGGUACCGUGCAGCCCGGUAUCAAGACCUCGUGCAAUUUUCGCAACAAGUGCAUCUGUUCAAUCAAGCGAUAGUAGUAUCUCUCGCGACGACGAAUAAUGGGAUAUCCAUAGAUAAAGUAAAUACUAAUGUUUCGCCAUCCGCGUACUUAGGCCAAACGAGACCACCCGAAGUGCACAAGUUACCUUUCAACUUUUAUUCCGAGUUACCAUUUACUUAUCCAAAUAAAGGAAUGAAAAACGUUGGAUACGCGUCGUCAUUGGCAUCUGACGAAGAGCACGAAGCUUGGGACGCGCCAUUACAAAGACAUACAGUGCCUUGGGCCACCAGGAACAGUCGUACCAAAGGUGCCUAUCACAUUUUGUUUCGUCCAAUCGAGGUGGAUCGAUAGAUAACGUCGAUAACUCGUCAUCUUUAUCCACUCGAGAACGGAAUUUUUUUUUUUCUCACAUCUUUUUCGUACAUUUCAAUUAUCAUUC